AUGUCAGGAUCAAUGGCCGAUGUCCCUAAGGAUCUCGCCGAUGAGAUUCACAAGCUCGAGAAGCUCUUUACGGUAGAGUCCGCUAAGCUCAAGGAGAUUACCGACCAUUUUGUCUCCGAAUUAGCCAAAGGCCUCAGUGUUGAGGGGGGUAGCAUCCCUAUGAACCCUACCUGGGUCAUGUCAUACCCCGAUGGCUAUGAAACCGGAACCUACCUGGCCUUGGACAUGGGCGGAACAAACCUGCGAGUCUGCCAAAUCACCCUGACCGAAGAGAAAUCCGAGUUCGAUAUCCUCCAGUCCAAGUACCGCAUGCCCGAGGAGCUCAAGUCUGGUACAUCUGAGGAGCUUUGGGAAUACAUUGCCGAGUGUCUUUACCAGUUCCUCGAGACUCACCAUGGAGACUGCAGCAAGCUGGAGAAAAUUCCUCUGGGUUUCACAUUCUCGUACCCUGCCACCCAGAACUAUAUCGAUGAGGGUAUCCUGCAGCGAUGGACCAAGGGCUUCGACAUUGAUGGUGUUGAGGGCAAGAAUAUCGUACCCAUGUUUGAGGAGGCCCUGAAGGCUCGCGGCGUCCCCAUCAAGCUUGCGGCUAUCAUUAAUGAUACUACUGGCACAUUGAUCGCUUCAGCCUAUACCGAUACCGCUAUGAAGAUCGGCUGCAUCUUUGGUACUGGUUGCAAUGCUGCUUACAUGGAAGACUGCGGUUCCAUUCCUAAGAUUGCCGACCUGAAUUUGCCCGCCGAUCUGCCCAUGGCCAUCAACUGCGAGUGGGGAGCUUUUGACAACGAGCACAAGGUCCUCCCCCGAACUGCCUACGAUGUGACUAUCGAUAAGGAGUCUCCUCGCCCAGGACAACAAGCCUUCGAAAAGAUGAUUGCUGGUCUCUACCUUGGCGAGAUUUUCCGACUCAUCCUUGUUGACCUUCACGAUAACAAGGCCAUCCAUAUCUUUGAGAACCAAGAUAUCGCUCUGUUACGCAAGCCUUACUCCCUCGAUGCUUCCUUCCUGUCUGCUAUUGAAGAGGACCCCUGGGAGAACCUGACUGAGACGUAUGAUCUCUUCGUCAAGAAGCUGAACCUGAAGCCCACACGCCCCGAACUGGAGCUCGUUCGAAGGACCGCCGAGCUCAUUGGCACACGUGCUGCUCGCCUUUCGGCUUGUGGUGUUGCUGCUAUCUGCAAGAAGAAGGGAUACGAAUCUUGCCACGUCGGUGCUGAUGGCUCCGUGUUCAACAAGUACCCCUACUUCAAGGAGCGAGGAGCUCAGGCUCUGCGAGAGAUUCUUGACUGGCCUGCGAAGACCGACAAGAAGGCCGAGGACCCUAUUGAGGUUCUUACUGCUGAGGACGGCAGUGGUGUCGGCGCCGCCCUGAUAGCCGCCCUGACCCUUAAGCGAAUCAAUGAGGGCAACAUGGCGGGUAUCCUCCAUCCCGAGAACUUCAAAUAA